UCUGCAGCAGGCUGGACACCCUCCCCUCUGAGAGGGAGGCUGGACCAACAGACAGACCGACAGAGGAGGCUGACAGGAGCAGUGCUGCUGCUGGUGCUGCUGGUGGUGGGGGGCACAGGAGGUCAGUGUGGAGGAUGUGCUCCUAUGACAGGGUCUGCUGGAGUCGGGUCUACUCUCUCUGUGCCGGUGGAGAUGUUGGAGCAUAAAUAUGGCGGGCGUUUCCUGACUCGGCAUGCUGCACGUACCAUCCAAACUGCCUUCCGCCAGUACCAGAUGAACAAGAAUUUUGAGCUCCUUCGAAGUUCUACGUCUGAGAGUCGUACGUCCAGACGGAUUGCUCUGUCCAACAGGAGGAUGAAGCUUUCCUUUGAAGGACCUGAAAAAGUCCACAGCUCUUGCUUUGAGGGAAAGCAGGUCUCACUGACAAACGGUACUGAAGCAGGCGUUCUGGUGCAGUCUGAACACGGAGGAGAGAGGUGUGUGAAGACCGAGACGCCAACAAAACAGAGCAACUUCACAGAUGUCAUUACAGAACUGGAAGAUGCCUUCUCCAAGCAGGUCAAGUCUCUAGCUCAGUCCAUAGAUGAUGCACUGAACUGCCGCAGUCUGCAUGAAGAGGACGGUCAAUCAGAUCCAGGGAGAGUCCAUCAGGCUGUAGACGGAGAACUGAGCACCUCAGAACACCACAAACUAGAUGAGAUGACAGCAUCUUACAGUGAUGUCACUCUUUACAUCGAUGAGGACGAGUUGUCCCCGCCCCUGCCUCUGUGUCACUCUGUGGGCUCCAGCACAGACCAGCGUUCCCUCAACCCUUCCCAUGACUACUGGUCCCUGACUCACAGGGAUGAAAAACGAGACAAGGGUACACGCUGCAGCAGUACACCUUCCUUAGAAUACCAGGAGCCGUGCCUGUGUGUGGAUAACCUUCCCUUACUGACCAUAGAGCCUCCCAGCGACAGUUUGGUGGAUCUGAACAAUCGUUGGAUGUGCAGCUCUUUAAAGAGACAGAAUGGUCCAAGUUUGAGCAGCCAGCAGAGCAGUCCCAAACACCUCAGCCACAACCUGCUACCUCAGGAGCUUUCUGGAGAAGCAGAGGCCUCUCUGCAUCAUGCUCGACAGCUGGAGGCCCUCCUAGCUAUUAAUGGUACCGCACACCUGCUGAGCAAAUCGGAGUCUAAUUUUGCAGACGACGACAACGACAGUAUCAACACAUCAAACUCCAACGACACCAUAAACGGUAGCUCUGAGUCCUCUUCCAGGGACAGCCUGAGGGAGCAAACGCUCAGCAAACAGACAUACCACAAGGAAAAGUGCAACAGCUGGGACUCACUUGCAUUCAGCAGUGAUGUCAUUCGCAAAAGACACUACCGCGUUGGUCUGAAUCUCUUUAACAAGAAACCAGAAAAAGGCAUCCAAUUCAUGUUUGAGCGAAACUUUGUUCCUGACACUCCAGUGGGAGUGGCCCACUUCCUGCUCCAAAGGAAAGGCUUGAGCAAGCAGAUGGUUGGCGAGUUCCUGGGUAACAGACAGAAACAGUUCAACCGAGAUGUCCUUGACUGUGUGGUGGAUGAAAUGGAUUUCUCAGAUUUAGAACUGGAUGAAGGGCUCAGGAAAUUCCAGGCACACAUCAAAGUGCAGGGAGAAGCACAGAAGGUAGAACGGCUGAUUGAAUCUUACAGUCAACGCUAUUGCGUCUGCAACCCAGGCUUGGUGCGACAGUUCAGGAACCCGGACACCAUUUUCAUCCUUGCCUUUGCCAUCAUCCUCCUCAACACUGACAUGUACAGCCCAAACGUCAAACCAGAAAGGAAGAUGAAACUGGAAGACUUCAUUAAAAAUCUUCGAGGAGUUGAUGAUGGGGAGGACAUCCCUCGAGAGACGCUGGUGGGGAUAUAUGAGCGAAUACGCCACCGAGAGCUUGAGACUAAUGAAGACCAUGUUUCACAAGUUCAGAAGGUGGAAAAGCUAAUCAUUGGGAAGAAACCAGUGCUGUCACUCCCUCACCGGAGGCUGGUUUGUUACUGCAGGCUGUUUGAAGUACCUGACCCAAACAAACCUCAGAAGCUGGGCUUGCACCAGAGAGAGAUCUUCCUCUUUAAUGACCUGCUAGUGGUUGCAAAGAUUUUUCAGAAGAAGAAGAACUCUGUUACAUACAGUUUCCGGCAGUCCUUCUCACUUUAUGGGAUGCAAAUACUUCUAUUUGAGAAUCAGUAUUAUCAUAAUGGAGUCCGGCUGACCUCUGCUAUUCCUGGAGAAGACAUUAAAGUCCUCAUAAAUUUCAAUGCCCCCAACCCUCAGGAUCGCAAAAGGUUUACGGAUGAUUUGAGAGAAUCUGCCUCCGAAGUCCAAGAGAUGGAGAAGUACCGAAUUGAAACGGAGCUUGAGAAACAGAAAGCUGCGGUGAGGACCGGUUUGCCUCAGAGCUCUGGGUCAACAAAGGAAACCAGAAACGGCAGUCUGAGCCAAGCAAGCCUUGAUGACAGCUGCUCCAUUGGUGAACGUCUAAAAAGGAACGCCCUCAGCAUCUCCUUACGAGACCUCUCAGAUACAGGAAAGCGUGGGAGACGCAGCAGUGCAGGAUCACUAAACAACAAUGUGGAAGGCUCCAUCAUUAGCAGUCCUUACAUGAGGCGGAGACCCCCCUCCAGCAGAGACUGCCCAUCACGCCACAGUGGCCAGUCCCUGCACAGCUCCUCCUCGCUGCUCGGAUCUCUGUUUAGCACCAGGCGGGGGAAGUCCCCCAGCCCCACCCCUGUCCCCUCCAACCUGCACCAUGUGGAGACGGACACGUCGGUCCCCAUGCACCCACAACAUGCCCAGGUCUGCCUCAGGACCCAAACCCCGCCUCCUUCCCACUCCCCUCACCAGUACCACCCACCAUCAUCUCACAGCCAACCAGCAUAUUCCUUCAACCACGGCCCCUCGCCACCUCCCACCAAACCCAAGAACAGCGGCAUCAGUACAGUGGUGUGACGGAAACACAGCGUCUCACAUCAUGGAGCCAACGGUUCAUGAGAACUGAUUCAUGGUUUCAGGUUCUCUACUGGUCACCAUGUUUGAGUCUGUCCAGAACAACUCGUGGAUCACUGCAGCUCAGCUGCUGCAGAGUCAAAGAAAACACAACGAAACUUUCAACCUGAAGCCUUUUGGAUGAGAGCUGAAACGUUUUCAGAAACCAAGAAAAAACAUUCAGGUGUCUUCUGUUCGGUCAGUCAGCAGUUCUGAAACCGUGGAGUUAACCCUUUAAGUUCUGCCAGAACAAUGUUUUCAGAACAAGAACUUCAACGUCAGAACUCAGUCAGCUAAAAUCCAGAGCAAUAAUGUAUUCAAAGAAAAUGAAACUAACUUUACACAUUGUCUCUGUCUGUGACACACAUCAUCAAGGACAAAUGAUUUUUACCCCCCCAUCCCGACCCGCUUCGCCUGUGCUUGGAUCGGUCUGAAGGCCAUGUUGGGUGGAGACAGAGAACUGAACUCUAGUGACUUGUGCUUUGACUGAAAACAACUUGUUUGGACUCUGGAAGUCUUCUGAUAGGUUCCAACAUGGAGUACUACCCUGGAUGUCACCGGCUCCGCUGAACCCUUCCCCAUACCAUGUGUUUUGACCCCCCACCCCCCAGCUGACUUCAUUGUAUGCAGAGUAGUUUUUU